AUGAAACUCGCCGAUUAUCCGAGCCUAGGUAACAGCUUUAGCAUUAUUGAGAUAGUUGAAACCUAUUAUGAUGGCACCGACACCAUUGGGGUCUAUCGCAAUUUUGCUUCCGAGCUAACUGUUCUCCUCUCCUCUUCCGCACUAAGUCGUACAAAAUUCUCGGUUCAUAUCACAGCCAAGCAGGUGAAGACCUAUUACUUAGACAAUGAUGAACAGUGGCUUUAUGGUGACAUGAGGUCAGAAGAUGUCCAGAAACGUUCCUACUGCCGAGCAGUCGCAAGGGCAAAGGGGUUAGAUGUAAAGCUGGCGAUGCCAAUUUCAAGCGUAUCAGCGGCAUUAACUGUUGUGGCAUGUGGUGAUCCGGCCGGCUCUGGUGGGCGCGCCAAAGACUGGUGA